AUGUACGGCCCUACUCCGCCUCGACCUAAGAAAACCAACAUCACCCGAAGCCGGAAUGGCUGCAUUCCCUGCAGGAGGAAAAAGCGAAAGUGUGACGAAGGCAACCCAAGCUGCGGGCUCUGUUCGCGGCUGAAAAUUCCUUGUUCUUACCCAAGAUUCUUGAUUCGAUUCCAAGAAACGCCAAAUGACUCGGAACGAACGAGAAAGGUCGCUGACAAUGGUGACCUUUUGAUGGAGGUCACCCGCAUGGGAAGCCCUCUGCGUACACACCAUAAUCCAACGUUCAGCAAUAGAGGCAUUCAGCCUGAGUAUGUGAUGAGUGGGUCAGAUCAACUUUAUCUUAAUCAGUACUUCGCACAUACCGUCGACUUACUGCCAGCCAGCGUGCGUCCUAUUGUUUGGAGGAUGUCAACUCUACCGGCUCUAUAUAAUGCAACUCUAGCAUUCUCUGCUGCUCGAUUUGCGUAUUCAUUAGGUACUCCUUACCUCACACAAACGAAGACACUCAUCCGGCCAAAUCGACACUUCUUCAUCCAGUCACUGAAUUACUUCAGUCGGGCAAUUCAACUGUUACAGCAGAAUUCCAGCCAACUAGAUGAUAUCUUUGCUACCAUCGUCUUUCUCAUCCUCUUUGAAAAUGUGGUUGGGACCGUCCACAGUUAUUACAGUCACCUCCAGGGACUUCAAACUCUUACUCUUUGCUACCAUCAAGCGUUAUCGGCAACGCCUUAUGGCCAACGGCUGCUGCGAGCGAGCCUUUUUACCAUUGCAAAAGGUGCUCUUUUUCUCGGCCCGCUGCAUUCUCCACGCAGGGGAGAUAUUGUUCCCCACGACAUCGACAUACUGGCAGAGCGGAUUUGUUCACACCAAGAAAUUUUGUUCUUCAAGGUCGUGGACGCUGUCAACAUCUCGUUCAGUUUGCUCCUUGGAGAGUUCUUAUGGUGUUCCUCUGGUAAGCUACAGCGGGUGCUACAGAGAAUUUCUGGAAACGACAACCCUCAUCUCCCGGUAAGCUCGGCGUCGGAGGCUUAUGAGAAGCUCACGAGUCUGCGGAGGGGUAUCGACGUCCUUUUCGCUCAAUCGACCCCUCUUUACAAUGCUUUCGCUGAGUGCACGAAACACCCAGUUUUCCAUGAGAUGGAGUUUAGUUAUACACAUGACAACAUCCCGCCGAUUACUCUCUCAGGUCAUGAGGAAGCAAUGGCCUGCUCAAUGUACGCGCUAACUCAGGUCUACUGUGACAGGCAGCUGCUUCAAUCAUUACUCGACGGAGCGACCGGACAAGUCAAUCCAACAUUAAACGGAUGGGCCAAGAUCAUUCUGGGAAUCGCAAAGGGAUGUGAUCCACCGCGCUACCUAUACGAGGAGAUGUAUAAUAUGAACAUGUGCUGGAUUCUCGUGCUAUUGUGCCUGCGCUGGCCUAACCCUGAUAUCUUGGCCUACAUCGCACAUACCGUUUUACCAUGUUUGAAAAAAACCACUCCCGCAAAAGAAGAUACUGCAGGGGCUUUGCUGCUCUUUGAAGUGGUCAUAGAAAUGCUAUGUUCCGAGAAUGCGCGAGGUCGUAAGGUCUUCGCUGUACAUGUUGUCCACGAAGAUCCAUCUGAUUCUACUGCAUUCCUCCUGGUCAAUCGCUCCUUACGUCUUGCGAUUCAUGGAUACAGUAUUGAUGGGAACUUUUUCAGCGACUACAUUCCUGCUCUACAUUAG